UACGCCAUCACCCUGCGCCUUUGUUGUCAGGCUGGACCCGAGCGGAUGUGUUUUCUCUCGGAGCUAACAAACUCAGUCAGUUAUUUAGGUGGACAAUUGAGAUCUGAGAUGACUGCAGUGACGUUUUGACGCCACUGGAUCAUCCCAAAAGUGGGAUUAGAGUGAACAUUAAAUCGUAGGACUUGUUGAAGAAGAACAAACAAAGGGUACACAUGUCGUCUGCAGCAGAGACUGUGGAAAAUGCCUCCAUUAUUGCAGAGAGUGCGUCUCAUGAUGGAAACCGCCUGUGGAUUGGCAACAUUGAUCCCAAAAUCACAGAGUAUCACCUGGUGAAGCUUUUGGAGAAGUUUGGCAAAGUUAAACAGUUUGACUUCCUGUUUCAUAAGUCCGGGCCUUUGGAGGGGCAGCCACGUGGCUACUGCUUCGUCAAUUUCAGCACCAGAGAGGAGGCAGAGAGGGCGAUCCAGUGUUUAAAUGGAAAGCUAGCUUUGUCCAAGAAGCUGGUUGUGCGCUGGGCGCACGCUCAGGUGAGGAGGUUUGAAGGUUUUCGCAAUGAGAAGACGAUGCCUGCAAGCCUGGAACCGUCAUGCAGUGGUUCAACAGAGGCAGGCUCUAUUACAACAAGCAACCUCAGCACGAGCGCUAAGAUACGUGCCAUUGAGGCCAAGCUCCAGAUGAUGGAGGAGAAUCCAGAUGAUAGCUACUCGGGCCCGUCGGCCUAUGUUUACAACAAACCGCCUGAGAGGAAGCGCUGGGAGCCCUACUCUAAAUCGCACCACAGUAACCAGAGCAGGCCCUUCCGCAAGUUUAGGAGAUGACCCAUCCUCCUGCCUGCUCUGAAGCCCUCUACUCCCCUCCUCCUCCAUGUUCUGCUCCUAAUUCCCCCCCACCAUCUCUCUCACAGACUUGUAAAUUUGAGAAGAUUUUGAAGCUGCAGCAGAUGAACAGCACCAGGACUGUGGAUGAUGUGUUUAUUUUUACUGCUGUGCCAGCGAUCUGACUGGCUCAUCUAUUAAACUGCUCUUUCACUCGUGCGCAUUUCUAAUGCAGCUCACAUCUUCUACACACAUCUAAUCUUUGGUUUAACAUGUUUUCUUGUUUUCACUUCAUGUUAUUUAAUUAUUAAAAUGUUUUGGAUUUGUGUUGGAGUUCUACUUUUUUCAUAAUCUUUCAUUUGUUCAGGUAGACUGAAGUAAUAAAGCACAAGCUGCUCGCG